GCAACACACAACCCUGUAAAGCCGGUGGCGCGCCCUCAGAUCAGCUCGACUCUCACACCUCAGCAGCAGCAGCAGCAGCAGCAGCCACACAAUCAUGUUCAGCCUCAUUAGAUUACCACGAGUCUUCACCAUCAACCAAGUACCAAAAGUUUUCCAUGAGGACAGCAUCAUCUCUGGGUACCGACACCCCCGCAGCUCGGCCACUGACUGCGUCCUGAGCCUCUUCCAGCUGACCAAUGAGACGCUCAACAUCUGGACACACUUUCUACCCACAUGGUAUUUCCUGUGGAAACUGGUGACGGUGGUCCUGAUGCAGACGGCGUGGCAGGACUCCUUCACUUGGCCUCUGGUCAUCUUCCUGAUCUCCUGCUGCAUCUAUCCGCUGGCGUCCAGCUGUGCUCACACCUUCAGCAGCAUGUCGGCUCGGGCUCGCCACAUCUGCUUCUACUUCGACUACGCUGCCCUCAGCUUCUACAGCCUGGGUUCAGCGACCAUCUACUCAGCGUAUGUUUUCCCGGACAAGUGGGUGAACGGCCUCUUCCAUCAGUGCUACCUCCCCAUCGCUGUGCUCAACACGCUCUUCUGCACCGGCCUGGCCUGCUACUCCAGGCUUGGUUUACCAUUUCUCCAGUAUAAUCAUGACACCAUAAAGAGAUUCCCAGAGUUUCGGCGUCCAAGGUUCAGCAAAAUUCUUCGUGUGGUUGCCUUCGCCUACCCCUGCCUGUUCGUCAACAUUCCUCUGCUCUACAGGGUGUUCCUGUGUGAGGGAGACGGAUGCACGGACAACGACACCAACUUCCUCCACUGCCACCACAUCACCCUGGCCUUCCUCACAGGCUUCCUGUUUGCCACACAUUUACCUGAGCGCCUGGCACCGGGCAGCUUCGACUACAUAGGUCACAGCCAUCAACUCUUCCACGUGUGCGGUAUCCUCGGCACCCACUUCCAGAUGAAGGCCGUGGAACAGGACAUGGAGGCACGGCGGCCUUGGCUCCUCGAUCACUCCAUCCCCAUCACGUUAUCCAACUCACUGGGUGUGGCGGUGCUUUGUGUGCUUCUGAACUUGAUUAUCAUCGGCCUCUACAGUCUCCCGCUCAUCACUGCACCCGUCUGCCAAGCAGAGAAAUAUGGUAAAAGUCUAAAUAGAGGCCCGCACAAGGACUGCGCCUGCAGCUAAACCUGCCGCUUCGUGAGCCAUCGCUCUGGGAUCCCAGCUACUCACGAGACACAUGUGGAAAGAGUGCAUUGUGGGUGAUUUAAAAACUCUGUGAGGUCGACUCCAGAACCAAGAGGAGCUGAAUGUUUAGGUUGAUUAAGGAUUCCACUCUGCAAUAGACCUAUCGGGAUGUUUGACUGUAAGACAUCAUGUUGAGAGUAAACUGAAACUAAAGGCAUCAGUUGCACACGUAUGUAAUUUAUUUGACAAAAAUGAUUGUUACCAUGAUAUGUGUUACUCAGGAAACUUGACACAAAGAUGAUUUAUAGCGCUUGUGCUUGUGGUAUAAGGAAGUGUGACAGAAACAUGUCAGGACAAAUGAGGCAGUCAUGAUAGGAGAAGAUGUAUUUUUUGCUUUGAGUUGCCUGUAAAGUAACAACAUUUUAAGUUUUGUUACUAAUUAUGUAAGAACUGUUAAACAGAAGAAAGAACAAGAAGAACAUUCUCACGUUGUUCCUUUACAAACGUUGAAAGUAUUUUAGUACAAAUUAUAUUUAUUAUGGUGUUUUUCAAAUAAACUUUAAACCAAA